AUACAGGCCGGAAGACAUGGUUCAGUUCAGCAAAGUAAAGCAAGUGUACAUGUGUGAAAAACUGGCGUUGUGUUGUGUUAACACGUAAAGAGAGAUGCAGUUCCUGCACAGAUCACAGAAACGGAGCCAGAUUUACAUGGGACCCCACUGACACAGGAGAGGUUUGCACUUUUCAGCCAGCUUAAGAUCACUACAAGCCAACAUGUCUCAUCGAGGGCCUUUAACUGCUGUCAUAACAACAGUAUUAGGGGCCACUUUAGGAGGGCUGCUCAUAUGGCGAGUUUACCGAACGAAAAGGAGGAAGCUGCCUUCCGUUCAGAAGGCGGCUGAUCCUGUGGAAGCUCCGUGUCCUGUGGAAAAGGAGUUUCCAGCCGUGGAGUAUCAGCUCACCCAAACACCUCUCCAGGCGAAAGAGUUGAAGGCUGUGGAGUGUCAGACCACACAACUGCCGCUUCUGCAGAUACCGUCUUCCGAACAGCUGCUUGGGGCGAAACCAGUGAUGGUGAGCUCUGAGGAGGAGUGGCUGCAGCUGUGGCCACUGAUGCAGAAGGAGCUGUCUGUCCUACCUGUGCUGGGGCUUGACUGUGAAUGGGUAAAAGUCGCCGCCGUUUCUGUGAAAGGCAGAGCCUCUGCGGUCUCUCUUUUACAGAUGGCUACAUAUUCAGGUCUGUGUGUCCUGGUGAGGCUGCAGGCGUUUCGCAGCAGCCUGCAGACUUUCCCUCUCAGCUUAAUGGAAGUCCUCCGAGACCCUCACAUUUUGAAAGUCGGCGUCGGUUGCUAUGAAGACGGAAAGCGUCUGACGCGUGACUACGGUCUGUCGAUGACAUGUACAGUUGACCUGCGCUACCUUGCCUUAAGACAAAGGCUAACUACAGUGAAUAAUGGCCUCAGUCUGAAGUCUCUGGCAGCAGAUCUGUUGAAUGUAUCUCUAGAUAAAUCUCUGGCGCUGCGCUGCAGUGACUGGGAGGCAGAUCAACUGACCCUGGAGCAGAUGACUUACGCUGCCAGAGAUGCCCAAGUGUCCAUCGCUCUCUUCCUUCACCUCCUCAGCCUCAGCUCCGAAGCCGGUCCCGUUUUAUCCAGCGGGUGUUCUUACUCUGAGUUGGCCGCCCGCUGCCAGGGCCUGGUGGACGUGCCCUUCAGAGGCCGAGGAGACGGAGAGGACAAAGCCGCUGAUGGAGAGAGGAGGCGGAGGACGCGGAAACCACCCACUUAUGAAAGCCCGGAGUCUGGAGAUCAGCAAGUCCCAGACCCUCGAAAGAAUAACAAGAGGAAACCGCUGGGUGUGGGCUAUUCUGCCAGGAAAAGUCCUCUCUAUGAUAACUGCUUCCUCCAUGCACCAGAUAACCAGCCUCUGUGUACCUGCGACAAGAAGAAAGCCAAAUGGUACCUAGAUAAAGGAAUAGGAGUUCUCCAGAGUGAAGAUCCUUUUGUCGUGAGGUUGCUGUUUGAGCCGUCGGGACGUCCCGACUCCCAACAGGACUAUUAUCUCACGGCGAAGGAGAAUCUGUGUGUGGUCUGUGGCAAAGCAGAUUCCUACAUCAGGAAAAACAUUGUGCCGCAUGAGUACAGACGGCAUUUUCCCACCGAGAUGAAGGACCACAACUCCCACGACAUCCUGCUGCUCUGCACCAGCUGCCACGCCGCUUCUAACGUGCACGACGGCUUCCUGAAGCAGCAGCUGGCUGAAGAGUUCUCCGCCCCUCAGGGUUGCGAGGAGGGAGUCCGCCUGCUGGAGGACUCGGACCGAAGGCGGGUUCGCUCGGCGGCUCGGGCUCUGCUCACCGCCGGGGAAGGACUGCCGGAGCAGCGACGAGAGGAGCUGCAGACUUUGAUCAAGAGCUUCCUCAACACGGACGAGGAGCAGGAGCUGACGGACGAGGCGCUGCAGCAGGCAGCCGGUUUGGAGACGAGGAUCUUUAACGAGGCGUACAUCCCUCACGGUCUGAAGGUGGUGCGAGCCCACGCCGAGCGGGGCCUGCAGGGCCUGAUGGUCCUGGAGCGUCGCUGGAGGCAGCACUUCCUCAACACCAUGCGCCCUCGUCACCUCCCUCCUCUCUGGUCCGUCGACCACAACCACGGCAAGUUGCUCCGCAAAUAUGGAGCGGACCUGCCCAUCAAACUCAACUGAGGACCACACGCAGCUACGGACCAGUUUUCUCCAAUCUGUUAAUUUUACAAGCCAAAUUGCUUUUUUUUUUUAGAGAGAAAAUGAACAAGCUUAUCUACCAGCAAGGCACCGAAAUGUAACCAGCAUGUGGUGGCUGCGGCACUCUGAGGUCGUAAUGAGUGUGUGUGAGCAAAUACACUCGAUCUCUGAUGGACGAUGUUUGACAUGCCGAGUGCCGGCGAGCUGCUGCAGCUGCUGGAUCGCUACCUGGACCUGAAUGAACUGGAGCAGAGACUCUACUUUUGAUGAAGAUAUCAGCACUGAUUCUUAAGAACACUAACUACACAACGCCAUGGUGGAUCAGAUUGCAUAUGGCCACUUUUUUUUAAAUCAUGAAGAAAUCUAAUUAUUUAUGAAAUGGUAAAAAUAUUGAAAUUUAAGAACAUAUUUUAGUAAAAGCUCCAGCCUGCUCUUAACUUCCCCUUAUGAAAUAAAGUAACCUCCCCGCUCCCCCUCUGCAGGUUAGCAGCUUUUACCUCCAUCAGUCUGAGAAUGAACGACCGCUUUGCAGAGAGAGGGUCAUUUUAUUAUGACCUUAAAUUAUUUGGAGCUCCACCCUGCUUUUGUUUUCACUCUAUUGUCUGUUUUAAGUCAGUAGAUGAUGGAUACGUUUCCCAGAAGCAUCUUGAAAUCAGAUUUCUGGUCUCGAGGUGCCUGAAUGUGUUCCGUUUGCGGGGGGAGACGAAGCGUAAACCACAGUAAAGUUGGCUCCUUUAGUUGAUCAUUUAAACUCCUGAUGUUUUGUGUCCUGCUGCUGACGCUCCAGAUGUUCGGGACACCUUCCAUGGCUCAUGUUUUAAUGUGCCUCCUAAUCCCCGAAUCAAACUGGAGUCGCAGCAUCUGGACACGACGACCGCUUUUCAGUCUCACCACGACGUCGUUUCACAGAAUCCAACCUGCACAGUGAAGAGAAAGGUGCCAACUCCAAUGUGAUUUUUCUGAAUAUUACCUUAACACUAAACCCCUUCCUUUGCAAGGCAGAUUUCUCUUUUUGAGUGUGAUGAAUUUAUUUACAACACGGCUGCUUUGUCUUUAUCUGUAUUUUCCUGAAUGUAAGCCCUGAAGCUGUUUUCCUAAAUUGUGAAUGAUAAAAAAAUAAAUAAAAGUCAUGUUUGUAUUAAC